AUGUCUUUAAGUCUUCCAGUGGCUGCGACGGUGAAUUGCGCCGACAACACCAGGGUAAAGAACCUCUACAUCAUUUCUGUGAAGGGAAUUAAGGGUAGGCUCAACCGUCUCCCUUCUGCUUGCGUCGAUGACACGGUUAUAGCCACAUCCAAGAAGGUCAUGACCGAUCACAGGAAGAAGAUCAUGCCCGCAGUCAUUGUCCGCCAGCGCAAGCCAUGGCGCCGAAAGGACGGUGUCUACAUGUACUUUGAAUAUUAUGCUGGAGUGAUUGUUAAUCCCAAGGGAGAAAUGAAAGGUUCUGCAAUCAGUGGUCCCAUUGAAAAGGAGUGUGAUGAUCUUUGGCCUAGGAUUACAAGUGCUGCCAAUGCCAUUGUUUAA